AUGGCACGUCAAUCGAGCGCUGUCCUCACCACAAAAUGGCUCGCCGAGGCCCUAAAAGUUCAGGGGAAACUGCGCGUCUUGGACACUUCUUGGUAUUUACCCAAAUUGCGGCGCAACGCCAAAAGCGAGUUUAAGAUGAAACACAUUCCCGGCGCAGCCUUCUUCGACAUUGACAAGUGUUGCGAUAAAACCUCUCCUCUGGACCACAUGCUGCCCUCUGAGAAGGAUUUCGCCGAUUACGUUGGAAAUUUAGGGAUUGAGAGCGACACGCACGUCGUGGUGUAUGACGCCAGCGAAUUUGGCGCGUUCUCCGCGCCCCGUGUGUGGUGGAUGUUCCGGGUGUUCGGGCACAGCUCGGUGUCACUGCUCAACGGGGGGCUCAGGAACUGGGAACUGGAGGGUAGACCGGUGAGUGACAAGUAUGUGAGACCAGAGCAGACCGAGUUUAAGGCCUCCCUGAACCGCUCAUGGAUAAAGACCUAUGAGGACAUCCUGGACAACCUGGACACCAAAGAGUUCCUGGUAGUAGACGCCAGACCUGCAGGGAGGUUUAAAGGACUGGACCCUGAACCCAGAGAUAGUAAGUAGCCUACCCAUUCUGCCAAAAAGUCUGUCUGACAGUUACUGUAUUUCUUGAUUUCAUGCAACUUUGAAUUUAAUAGAAACGAGAUACAAAAGUGAAAGCCGAAAGAAUACGCAGUGUGUUUAUUUGUCUCUGCAUACAGAGAAAUGGGAUUUUAUUGAUCUCAAAGGUACGCAAAGUAUUAAAAAAAACGUGCAAGAUCUUUAACUUUUAUUGAUUAAAGGAGAUAUGACUGUAAUAAAAUAAAUAAAUAAUAAAAGUAACAAUGGCUAGAAAACUUUCUAUUUAUUCUAGUAUUUUCAAAACGUUUACUUGACUAUAUGACAGUAUAUUUUAAACACUCAAACCUCAGUCUGAUACACAUUACCUAGCAGCAAGACCACCAUAAAGAGAAAUCUGGUUUAUUAUGGGCCUAAUCCUUUGCUUUUGUGUCUAUAGCAACUGUUCCAAGUAUAAUCCAGAGCCGUAUAUAUGCAUUUAUCAAGCACCACAUGUUUAAGUGCUACUGAUCAGAUAUGAACUGACCUUUCAUUGAUUAGCUGAUGGUAUAGGUAGAAAUUUUCAGACUGGAAACACGGAAAAGAGGGUAAAACUGGUUCACCUGUUCAAAGUCCUUGUGUCUUUAUGGUAAAUGUUUGUUGCAGCAGCUUUCCAGUGCAGCAAACAAAGAAAUAUAGUGAAAUUGAUAACAGUGUUUUAAAUAGUGGCACAAAUGCUUUGAAUUUCUGCCAAGUGGUCUUUCGGGUAUUUUAGAAGCAUACAUAACUUCAGUACCUUUGACCACAGAGUGCUGAGUAUGUUUUCACUUUACAAAAACCACAACACAAGGACUGUGAUUCAGAAUGAUUCUGCUGACUGAUUGCUGUUCAGCGCGUCUUUGUCAUUGAAAAUUUCCAUAUUGAUGUGAAAUCUGCAGGCAGAGGACAGGACUUGUGGUAUGAGAAAGGUAACAAUCAUCUCUUUAAUAUUUUUCAGUUUUCUUCUGACAAAUCAAAACUCAUCUAUUACUUUUACCACACUUGGUCUGCAGCAAAUCUGACAGUUGGACUGCAUGCUAUACAGUACGCCAAAAGUUUGGACACACCUUCUCAUUCAAUGCAUUUUCUUUAUUCUCAUUACUAUUUAAAUUGUAGGUUCUCAGUGAAGGCAUUAAAACUAUGAAUGAACAUGUGGAAUCAUGUGCUUAAGAAAAAAGUGUGAAAUAACUUAAAACGUGUAUUAUAUUUUAGAUUCCUCAAAGUAGCCACCCUUUGCUUUUUUGAUAGCGCUGCAAACUUGUGCUGUUCUCUCAAUGAGCUUCAUGAGGUAGUCACCUGAAAUGGUUUUUACUUCACAAGUGUGCCUUGUCAGGGUUACUUUGUGACUGACUAAGUACUUCUGUUAUCAAGAGCAACGGGUGGCUACUUUAAAGAAACUAGUAGAAUAUAAAACAUGUUUUCAGUUAUUUCACCCUUUUUUUUAAGUACAAGAUUCUACACAUGUUCAUUCAUAGUUUUGAUGCCUUCAAUGAUAAUCUAGAAUGUAAAUAGUCAUAUAAAGAAAUAAAGAAAAGACAUUGAAUGAGAAGGUGUGUCCAAACUUUUGGCCUGUACUGUAAAAAAAAUAAAACAUAGCCAUGUGCAGUAGCAUCAUUUGGUAGAGUGACAUCAAUAAAAAGUGUGGUAAAAAACAUUUAAGGUAUAAGGUAUAAACAUGUAAGGUCAAACAACUCACAGUUCAUAUCAUCUUUCUGCUGGUCCCGUGUUUUGCGCAGCACCUUGUUUGCUGCAUGUUUUAUGAACCCUAGGAAAACUCCCAAAAAGCCCUUUUUAAAUCACUAAUUUAUCUGAAGGCUGGCUUAAACUUCACCUGACAGCAUUAAAAUUGUGUUUAAGCAUGGUCAUAAUACCCAGACCUCAAUCUGACAGGUUAAACAAACAUGCUGAGUGAGAAAACGUUGAUUGUUUAUAUUAAAUAGUUUCCUAAGCUGGUGUUGAAAAUCGCAGAGUUGCUAUACUUUUGUUGCAAAUGCUCAUAAUUCCAUAUCAAUUACAGUUUGGUGUAUUUUUCAGCAUUCAAAAGCAUGCAUGAUGAAUAAAUUCGUACAAACUGUUAGGAAGUACAGCUCUUGCGCUCCAUUAACAAAACAAUGCUGCUUAUCAAAGUCUGUUACAUCAGCUUUUGGCCUGGUAAAAAUCUGCAGUAGAAGACCAUUAUUAUUUUGGUCCACUGAGUUCCUUGGCUGUCCGCCUUUUUCAGAGUUUACUCCGAACAAACAGACAGACGGGCUGAGCUUUAACCACUGAACAACUCAAACACAGAGCAAUGCUGCAGGACAUGCUCACUUAACCAGGGAUUUAAUCAUCACUCAUUGGCCCAUAUGCUGCACAGACAGACAGACAGACAGACAGACAGACAGACAGACAGACAGACAGACAGACAGACAGGUGUACACAUCAACACUCUUUAGAGGAGGCAAUUCGCAGGGAGAGGGCAUGGACAUUGUCCACCCUGAUAGAAUUGCAAAUCCUUCAAGUCAGCACUGUGCAUCCAUUGAUAACACUCCCUAUGUACGUGCCUUAUCUUGGUGCAUACACGCUUCAACCCACCCCAACAUGCACACAAGUGUCUGCAUACAUAAAGACCACACACAAUAAAGGCAUGUAAUAAAGAAAAGCUCUGAUGUGCCGUUAAGACAGUGAAGGUGAAACUUAUGACAUUUAUGACAGAACUGUUAGCAGAGUACUUUGACCCUCAACAGCUCACACAUGUUUUAUCUAAUAUAUAGAGAAGUGUGUGAGGGACUCUUGAGAUGUAAAGAUGUCUUAGUCAGUCAUGUAGCCCAGGAUCAUAGACUGUUUAUACUAUGGACAACUUGGUUCCGCCUCCUUCCAUUAUACGGAUUUGAAGCCAAAAAGCUCUCGGUAUUUCCGCGAUUUUUCCUCAUUUCCUGAAACCAGCAUUGCGCAGUAGCACUGUACGCAAUUGGCGGGAGAGUCGCUGUGAUGAUGCUCAGCUCAAACAGCGUAUUCCCCGGGUGAGCUACGCAAUCCUUGAAUGCCAAUAGGCUGUAUCAGGUGUCAAUCAUAGAAAACAUGAACCCCCUAUUUACUUUUAAACACGGAGCUGCACAGAAAAAAGAGGACUUGAGCACAAACCAGUCUUACUGUACCUACAUGUCAACAUCACAAGCAGGGGGGAGAAAAACUUAUGUUCUGUGUAAUAAAUUUCUAAAGUUUGUCCACAGCCCCAUAAGCGUCACCAGAGGGUGCUGUUCUCCAAGUGGCUUCACCCAGCAAGGAGGCAGACGCUGUCCGUUCUAUAUACAGUCUAUGCCCAUGAUCUAUCGCUGAGGUGCAAUUAUGAUAGACUGCUUUUUAUUACAGCAGUAAAGAAGUUUGCAGUGGGAACUCUUUGACUUAAAGAUUUGGUACCAGUUCCAGUUUAGACAAAAGUGAGUUUAUAAUGCAUAAAUAUUGCAUCUUCUAACCUCAUUUCUUCAUUAUUUGCUUUCUUCACUUGUGUCAGGAGGACACAAACUUAUUUUUUCCUUUGCAGCCAGCAUUUGUAUUUGCAGCAUAGUCUCAGCUAUGUUACGACUGAUGCUUUGCUAACUUCCAUGUGGUAUAAAACACUGAUUUGUUGAUUGUACAUUGUAGCUGACAUGAUGCAAGACUUCUUGAGUCCAGAUCUGACCCCUGACUCAGUCUGGUGUUUGCAGUGUUUACAGCUGCAGGUUUUGUUUCCAUCAUGAGUUUGCUGUGAGAAAGAGACGCCAAGCAAACAGAAAGAAUCUAGGGCAAAGAUAAACUACUUAUAAACCAGUUUAAUUGCUCCACUUUGGUUGAAGGUGCAUGGACCUCAUUCUCCACUCUUUUUCUGAUUGACAGACACAGAACCAGGCCACAUCCCUGGCUCCAUCAGCGUCCCCUUCCACUCCUUCUUGUCCCCAUCUGGUCACUUCCUGCCUAAGGAUCAACUCCAGGCUCUGUUUGCUCGGGCCGGCGUGGACCUCAGCCACCCUAUUUGUGUCCUGUGUGGCUCAGCUGUGACUGCAUGUCAUGUGGCGCUGGUAGCCCAUGCUUGCGGGCACCCUGGGGUGUCAGUGUACGAUGGAGGUUGGUCAGAGUGGUACACCCGUGCUGUGCCAGAGAAUGUCAUAUCUGAAGGAAGAGGGAAACAUUUUUGA